UCUGUGUCAUUGUUGCAUGACAUUCCACUUGGCACAGGGUUUAUUUUUAGCCAGAGACUAUCAAAGUAUUUUUCAGUGGGACUGUCACUGCUCUUGAACAAGGAAUCGUAUUACCGCAAGACUUUGCUGAAACAAAGAAGAUACAUUGAACAAAUGGGAAAUUAUAAAUCUAGACCAACACAAACUUGUACUGAUGAAUGGAAGAAGAAAGUUAGUGAAUCAUAUGCUAUAAUCAUAGAACGAUUAGAAGAUGACCUGCAAAUCAAAGAAAAGGAGCUGGUGGAACUGAAGCAUGUUUUUAGCUCUGAUGAAGCAUUCUGCAAAGUAAAUUUAAAUUACCGCACAGAAAAUGGACUCUCUCUUCUUCAUUUAUGUUGCAUAUGUGGGGGUAACAAAUCACAUAUUAGAACUCUUAUGCUAAAAGGACUGCGCCCAUCCAGGUUAACAAGAAAUGGAUUUACUGCUCUGCACUUGGCAGCUUACAAGGACAAUGCAGAACUCAUAACAGCACUGCUGCAUGGUGGAGCUGAUAUUCAGCAGGUUGGAUAUGGAGCCUUGACAGCCCUUCAUAUUGCCACAAUAGCUGGUCAUCAUGAGGCUGUUGAUAUUCUUUUGCAGCAUGGAGCUUAUGUGAACGUUCAGGAUGCAGUAUUUUUCACCCCAUUGCAUAUUGCUGCAUAUUAUGGUCAUGAACAGGUAACUCAUCUCUUGCUAAAAUUUGGAGCUGAUGUGAAUGCAAGUGGGGAAGUUGGAGACAGACCUCUCCAUUUAGCUUCUGCCAAAGGCUUUCUCAAUAUUACAAAGCUCUUGAUGGAAGAGGGAAGCAAAGCUGAUGUGAAUGCUCAGGACAACGAAGAUCAUGUUCCUCUGCACUUCUGCUGUCGAUUUGGACACCAUGAAAUUGUAAAAUUCUUACUCCAGAGCAGUUUUGAAGUUCAACCACAUGUGGUUAAUAUCUAUGGAGACACACCUUUACAUCUCGCUUGUUACAAUGGAAAGUUUGAAGUUGUAAAGGAAAUAAUUCAGCUCUCAGGAACAGAAAGUCUCACUAAAGAAAAUAUAUUCAGUGAAACGGCUUUCCACAGUGCUUGUACCUAUGGAAAGAACAUAGAACUUGUAAAAUUUCUUCUUGACCAGAAUGUUGUAAGCAUAAAUCACCAGGGAAGAGAUGGACAUACAGGAUUACACUGUGCUUGCUAUCACGGUCAUAUUCGUCUAGUACAGUUUUUACUGGAUAAUGGAGCUGAUAUGAAUCUGGUAGCAUGUGAUCCCAGCAGGUCCAGUGGAGAAAAGGAUGAACAGACCUGUUUGAUGUGGGCUUAUGAGAAAGGUCAUGAUGCCAUUGUGACCCUUCUGAAGCAUUAUAAACGACCUCAAGAUGAAUCACCAUGUAAUGAAUAUUCACAGCCUGGGGGAGAUGGCUCCUAUGUGUCAGUUCCAUCCCCUCUAGGAAAAAUUAAAAGCAUGACUAAAGAAAAGGCAGAUGUUCUUCUCCUCCGUGCUGGUUUACCAUCACACUUCCAUCUUCAGCUCUCUGAAAUAGAGUUCCAUGAGAUUAUUGGCUCAGGGUCUUUUGGAAAAGUAUAUAAGGGACGAUGCAGAAAUAAAAUUGUAGCAAUUAAACGCUACCGAGCCAAUACCUACUGCUCCAAAUCUGAUGUGGACAUGUUUUGCCGUGAAGUUUCCAUUCUCUGUCGACUGAAUCAUCCAUGUGUCAUCCAGUUUGUUGGAGCUUGUUUAGAUGACCCAAGUCAGUUUGCAAUAGUCACUCAGUAUAUUUCUGGAGGAUCACUUUUCUCCCUGCUUCAUGAACAGAAGAGAACUCUCGAUCUGCAGUCUAAAUUAAUCAUUGCUGUAGAUGUAGCUAAAGGUAUGGAGUACCUCCACAAUCUCACACAACCAAUCAUACAUCGUGAUUUGAACAGUCAUAAUAUUCUUCUGUAUGAGGAUGGACAUGCAGUUGUUGCUGAUUUUGGAGAAUCAAGAUUUUUGCAAUCCCUGGAUGAAGACAACAUGACAAAACAACCUGGGAACCUACGCUGGAUGGCCCCUGAAGUGUUCACUCAGUGUACAAGAUACACCAUAAAAGCUGAUGUUUUCAGCUAUGCUUUGUGUCUCUGGGAGCUGCUAACAGGUGAAAUUCCAUUUGCUCACCUAAAACCAGCAGCGGCGGCAGCAGACAUGGCAUACCACCACAUUCGCCCGCCCAUCGGGUACUCCAUCCCCAAGCCCAUCUCUGCCCUACUGAUGAGAGGCUGGAACGCCUGCCCUGAGGGAAGACCAGAAUUUUCAGAAGUGGUCACGAAAUUAGAAGAAUGUCUGUGCAAUAUUGAGUUAAUGUCUCCAGCCUCUAGCAACAGCAGUGGUUCUCUGUCUCCUUCCUCAUCUUCGGACUGUCUCGUUGCACGUGGGGGUCCUGGCCGUAGUCAUGUUGCAGCAUUACGUAGUCGUUUUGAGUUGGAAUAUGCUUUAAAUGCAAGAGCUUAUGCUGUUUGGUCACAGAGCACUGGGCAACACCUUUCUCAGGGUCUUUCUUUGGAUGACAUGAGAAGAAACUUCCAGUACCCACCGAUUGACAAAAAUGGUUACGUGUCGGAUCCCAUGAGUACCAUGAGAUUUCAUUCCUGCAGCAGCAGUGGUAGCUUUGAAGAAAGCAGCUGACAGCAUUGAACCGCCUUCCUGCAGAAAGUCACCAAAAACCAGCAGCAACUGUUCUUACCAUAUCAGCCCAACUCCCAAGCAACGUGUGCUAUAUUGACAGUCCCUAAACUGAACCCAGUAUUUGCUGACAAUGAAUGUCCCUCUCAUGUUAUGUGCUAGCAUCUUUUUCUGCUGACCUUGAGGGGGCUUUUUAUUUUGGUGGUGUGCAUCUACCCUUUAGCAAAGUGAAUGCCUGCACUUCCAGCCUGAGCAUUAAAAAUCUGAAGAGGUGGAAGUAAAGGUGUGUCUGUUAAAGUUUCAAAGCUCUGCUGCAAGUCAUUGUUACCUGGCUCCGCACCCCCUGGCCAGCAGCUGCCCUGGAGCCCCAGCCUGCCUCACCACUGCAAGAAGCAGCCUGUCCCUCCUGCCACCAUGCCAGGCCAGCCUCCAGGUCCCAGCUCCUGAACGAGAUUGUCUCUUUUUUGAGCUCCCCAUAGUCACAGAAACACCCUGUCCCUCAUUCUCAGUACUUCAGGCUCACACAGCUUGCUGGCACAGCAGCCCCACUACAUCUUUUCUGAGCCCUGAUCUGCGGUUGCUUUCCUGCUGAGAAUAAUGAGGUACUUGGGUAGCCAUCAUAACUGUACUCUUCCAGACAUUUCUGUCUUCUCAUCUGCUUCCUUGUUUUGGUCUGAGUUCUGUUUUUUUUUGUCUUAAAAAGUACAUGCUUUAGUUCGGUCAUUUGGUAACACAAAAGCCACAUGGGAAAUUCAAAACGAACUUUUCACCAGAAGAGUGACACGCAAAUCAAAUCCCAAACCACCUAUGUUUACUGCAGACAGGUAAAAUCAUUGUCCCACAAGUGUGAUAAUCCUAAAGCAGAACAGAGCUACACUUUUCACUCAAAGCAGUUCCGAGGCAAAGUGCCAUCUACUGCGUGCUGAAUGUGCCUGCCAGGACUGGGUUUGCAACACAUUUCUCACUGGAAGUUUUAAAAAAAAAAAAAAAAAAAAAAAAAAAAAGGGGGAAGGGCAAGACAACUUGAAUUCUUCUAGAAGCAAUUAUACAGUUAACAUUACGCUGUUAUUUUUCUGGAAUCUGUUUUGAAAAUAGCAAAAUUUUGCUGCAAGCAACGCUGCUAUAAUAUUAUUCCUUAAUUGCAUUUGAAUACACAACUGUCAUGUUAGGUGGGUAGAAAUGUGGGUUCAUGAUUACUGCAUGUUGCUCUGUGGAUAUUAUUCAGGAUGUUGGGUUCUUAUGACCACAGUGUCUGAACCGAGCUCUGUGAUAAGGCAUUGUGCAGUGUGACAGACACGGUCUAUAAGUUAGUAAUAAGCUCUGCUGACUCAUGUCUUGCAUGCUGUUAGUUUCAUAAUUCUGAAGCAAUAAAAAUGGGGAAGGUUUCACUUA